AUGCUUCUACGCUCCGCCGUUCUUCUGCGGUCGUACGGCCGCAAGUCGAAGACGCCAGACCUCAAGACGAGCUUCAUGAAGACCAGCAACUUCAAGAAGGCGGAGAAAAUCGCCAUCGAGACGGUCGACGGCGAAGUCGUGAAGGGGCGUGGUAAACUUCGUCGCCGCACGCACAGUGCACUCAAGCAGGCGAUCGACGCCAUGGAGCACCCCGCCAUUUGGCUCUGGUACCCGUGGCGCAUGAACCCCGAGCCGCCGACGCCGCACAUGCCGCGACGUCGCGCGCUGAAGAACAUUCACGGCGCGGUGUUCAGCGACCUGACGCCGGUGCAGAAGAAGCGGCAGGAGCAGAUGCUCUACGGUGUCAACAUCCCAGGGGCGCGGCAGAUGAAGUUCGAGGAGGAGCACCCGCUUCUCGCGGGGGCGUUGCGGAAGCUCGACGCCCAGCCGAAGGGAUUCCCGUUUUGGUACAAGAAGUAUCCCACACGCCGCCAUGCAUACGAGUACCGCUUCAGCAUACCGGAGGAAAUGCUGGACGGCUACAGCGACGACAUGAAGAAAGCUCUCUCAAGGAGCAUGAUGACGGUUCAGGAAAAACAGUUUGCGCAGGAGGCCAUGUACAUGGAGCGUUACGCGGAGCAUGACUUUGACACAACAAGCCCAGCGGUGCUGGCGGUGAAGCGUGCGCUCAAGUGUCGCAUUCUGCGGAACCACCUGCUCACGAAUCCGCACAACAACAUCAUCAAGACGGUGCUGGCGAACACGGAGCGAAAGCUCAACCAUGCGCUUCGCAGGCUGCGCAAGGUGGACUUCAAGAAGUACUGGGAGAUUAUCCGUGAUCACGAUGUACAAGACGUGCUGCAGCCGCCUAACUUGGUAACGUACAGACAAGGAGCCUACUGGAACUAUGACUGGGGCGCGGGGCUGGCCAUCAGCACAAACCUGGCAGAUGUGCUCGACCCGCGUGGCCUCAACGGCUGCGUUGAGACGGGUCGCUCCCGCUCCGAAGUUGCACGCGACCUCGGUCUCUCCUACACAAGGCCGCUACAGGAGAAUGAGAAGAAGCAGCUGUCGCAACAGGCCGUGUACUAUGAACGUCUAGCAAAGUUUAAGAUGGAGCAGCCGGAGGCGGCACGGGCACUGGAGCGUGAACGGUUUGUGCGAAAGUUCUCUGGUAUGUUUGCGAAGCUGGAUAUUAAGUCUGGCGCCCCAGACUUCCCGAGCACGUAUCGUAAGCUGUUGGGGACGAAGGUGGUGCGUUGGUCAUCCAAGCGGCACGGUCCUGCGUGA